AUAUAAAGGACACAGUGGACUUUAAAAGACCAGAAUUAUUUAAACAGAGACAAAGGGGAUGGAAGGGGGACCUUACAAGAGUAAAUAUUUGUGGAGGUAAAAAACAAAUAAGGAAAAGAUUCCUCUCAGUCUUCAAAACCAAUUGCUCAUAUGCCUCUCAAACCAGUUACUUCAGCCUCCUUGGUCUUGCUGCAUGUUGUGGUGAAAUCAUAAAGGAUUGAAACUAAUGGACUGAUUCCUGGUGUCACUAAUUUGUUAAACUUUCUUUGUUUUCUUUCCUGCUGUCUGCUUGGCUGUGAUCUUCACCCACAGGUGUCUGACUUCCAAAGGUUACUAAUGUUUUAGCUGUUACUCUAAAACUGAGCUAUCUAAGCUUCACUUACAGUUGUUUCCUUGACUGUACUGCCACUUGUUGCUGCUUCUGCUCUUACCUUCUUCAGAGAACCAAGAUUCUCUGAAUCCAAAGGACAGAGAAAACUUUUUUAAACUAUCCACUAUGAAACUUAAACUAGACGUACGUGCCAUUUUCUUGCUUCCUGUGUACUUCUUAAUAUCUGUGUACAGUGCCCUUGUAUUUAUUCCAUGGUAUUUUCUUACCAAUGCUAAGAAGAAAAAGGCUAUGGCAAAACGCUUAAAAGCUAAACCCAUCUCGGACAAGCCUGGAAGUCCGUACCGUUCUGUUACUCAUCUUGAGUCACUAGCAACCAUAGACAUUCCCGGAGCAGACACUUUGGACAAGCUGUUUGACCAUGCUGUAGCAAAGUUUGGGAAGAAGGACUGCCUUGGGACCAGAGAAAUAUUGAGUGAAGAAAAUGAAAUGCAACCUAAUGGAAAAGUAUUUAAAAAGUUAAUCCUAGGAAACUAUAGAUGGUUAAACUAUGAAGAAGUUAACCAGAGAGUGGAUCAUUUAGGGAGAGGACUAGCUGCACAAGGACUACAGCCAAAAAGUACCAUUGCCAUAUUCUGUGAGACCCGAGCGGAGUGGAUGAUUGCAGCACAAACCUGCUUCAAAUACAACUUUCCUCUUGUUACUUUAUAUGCCACCCUUGGUGAAGAGGCAGUAACCUAUGGUCUGAAUGAAUCUGGAGCAUCAUAUCUAAUCACCAGUGUAGAACUUCUAGAGAGUAAACUUAAGACUGCAUUGUCAGAAAUCCCCUGUCUCAAACAUAUCAUUUAUGUGGAUAAGAAGACUAUCAAUAAAUCUGAAUACCCUGAAGGACUAGAGAUUCAUAGUUUGCAGACAGUAGAAGAAUUAGGAGCCAAACCAGAAAAUUUAGACAUCCCUCCAAGCAAACCUGUUCCCACAGACCUGGCUUUAGUAAUGUAUACUAGUGGGUCUACUGGGAGACCUAAAGGAGUGAUGAUGAUGCAUAAGAACUUGAUAGCUGGAAUGACAGGCCAGUGUGAGAGAAUACCUGGACUAGGACCCAAGGACACUUAUGUUGGCUACUUGCCUCUGGCUCAUGUAUUAGAAUUGACAGCAGAAAUGUCCUGCGUUACCUAUGGCUGCAGGAUUGGAUACUCCUCUCCACUCACUCUAUCGGACCAGUCAAGUAAAAUUAAGAAGGGAAGCAAAGGAGACUGUACUGUACUGAAGCCCACACUCAUAGCGGCUGUGCCUGAAAUAAUGGACCGAAUUUAUAAGAAUGUCAUGAGUAAAGUCCAAGAGAUGAACUAUAUUCAGAGAACUCUGUUCAAGAUAGGCUAUGACUAUAAACUGGAACAGAUCAAAAGGGGGUAUGAUGCACCUCUGUGUAAUAUACUGCUGUUUAAAAAGGUAAAAGCAUUGCUAGGAGGAAAUGUGCGUAUGAUGCUUUCUGGAGGAGCACCUCUUUCGCCUCAGACACAAAGGUUCAUGAACAUCUGUUUCUGCUGUCCUGUUGGCCAGGGUUAUGGAUUAACAGAAACCUGUGGAGCUGGAACAAUUACUGAAGUUUCUGACUAUAGCACUGGCAGAGUUGGGGCUCCUCUUAUUUGCUGUGAGAUUAAAUUGAGAGACUGGAAAGAAGGGGGCUACACUUGCAGAGACAAGCCUAAUCCUAGAGGAGAGAUUAUAAUAGGUGGACCUAAUGUCUCUAUGGGAUACUUUAAAAAUGAAGAAAAGACAGAGGAUUUCUCCGUGGAUGAAAAUGGCCAGAGAUGGUUUUGUACUGGAGAUAUUGGAGAAUUUCAUCCUGAUGGGUGUCUGCAGAUCAUAGAUCGAAAAAAAGAUUUGGUGAAGUUGCAAGCAGGAGAAUAUGUAUCUCUGGGUAAAGUAGAGGCAGCACUGAAGAACUGUCCACUUAUUGACAAUAUAUGUGCUUAUGCCAAAAGUGAUCAGUCUUAUGUGAUCAGUUUUGUGGUUCCUAAUCAGAAGAAGCUGACUGUAUUAGCUGAACAGAAAGGUGUCAAGGGAACUUGGGUGGAAAUCUGUAACAAUCCUAUCAUGGAAGCUGAGAUAUUGAAAGAGAUUAAAGAGGUGGCAGAUAAGAUGAAAUUAGAGAGAUUUGAAAUACCAAUCAAAGUACGGUUAAGCCCUGAACCAUGGACCCCAGAGACUGGUCUAGUAACUGAUGCUUUCAAAUUGAAAAGGAAGGAAUUAAAGAACCAUUACCUCAAUGAUAUCGAGCGAAUGUAUGGAGGCAAAUAAACGUCUCAGCUACAUUGACUAGAAAGUUCUGCAGAAAGUUCCUUCUCAUACCCUACAGGACAGAACUCAAGCCUCAGAAUAUUGGACAUCCUUGUGUACUGUAGAUACCACAGGUAGUUCAGACAGUAUAUGAAAUCAGUGAAGACCUACCUAACCUGUAAAGCCAGAUCCUGUGGGGAAAAACACUUGCUUACGGAACCAAACUUUCUAGCUGCUAGCAGAAAACACUUACCUACUUUAAACUGUUUCAUUCGAUCACUUCCACCUUGGAGUUAGAUGUGAUCAUGUGAAGCAGUGUGACUUGAUAACCUGAUUUCCACUGCUGCUUCUAUACCAUAUUCCAACUGCUUUCCCAUCUGUUCUUCUCCAAUUCCCCAUACAAAUAUGAAAAUGAGUUAAAAUGUAAAUAUGACCAUUCCUACAUCAGAGAAAGGUACUUGGAGAGGGGAAAAAAUAAACAUAUUUAAGAUUUGCACUUCUUAUAUAAAAAGUUAAGAUGAAGUAGGAAAACGUUAGAUACAAAGCAUUGCAGCUUUCGCAAAAGUAUUGGUGUAAUAUCUUAUCUCAGGUCCUGUCCUAGAUUAAAUGAAAAUGAAUAGUUUAACUUGAACCUGAUCUGUUUAUCAAUGUUACCUAAAAGGCCAGUACAGAUGUAUAAAGCUCUUUUUAGAAUUUGAGUUCAUGGAAGAGGGAAAGAAAUCUGAGGUUAUUGCACUGCAUUUAAGCCCAAUUCUAGAUUCUGCUAUGGACCCUUUGUAUUCAGAAGCUGUGAGCCAGAAGGGUAGCUUAAAAUACCACCUCUCCCCAUCCUACCCCAGUUAUGUCCUGCAUUGAGCUCAGGUUGACAAGAUCCAAGACUUGGGCCUAUUGAUUAUUAACACUCGUACUACAGAAUUUAUUCAAGGCCACAGAAUUAAUUACAUGGCACUGAAAAUGCAUUACUGACAGUAGAAUGAAUCUUCUGCACAUCCAGUUAUAUUAUGAAUAUUUUCAGUGCCUAAAAAGGAAUAUAAAAUACUUACUGAAAUAAGAAGGGUGAACUGAAAGGCUUUUUUAAAAUCAAACUAGUCAGAAUUUUAUUCUUCAAGAGUGUUCUAUGAACAACUUAUCUCCAGUAGACUUUAAAUGUUCUGAAAUAUUUUUUUAUACUUGCCACGAUGUCUUUUUAAUUCAAAACAGCAUUUUCAACUUUGACACAAAGAUUAAAAAGCAACAGUUCUUGCAGUGGGAUUUUUUUUUGUUAGUGAGGUCAUCAGCUAGCAUAUAGAACUGAGGUCUUACAGACAAGUAAAGACAGAACUAACAUUCAGAUCAUUUUUUGUCUUUAAACAGCUAUGAACCUUUUAAGUCAACAUUCUGUUAUUGCUUCGAAAUAUUAGGCCCUGAUCCUCCAAAUGCUUAGUUAUAUAUGUAGCACUACCCACAUGAGUAAAGUUAUGAGUAAAGCUAAACAUAUGUAAGAAUUUACAGGAUCAGGGCCUAAAACAUUUUGUAUUACUUUUUAAUAAGUUAUUACUGUUCAUCUUUUAAAUAUGUCAAUCAAAACAAGCCACAGUUGGAAGCCAAGCAUUUCCCAUAUUCUUCUUUUACUUACAGUUGAUGAACUUGGUCUCUAGUUAGGGAUUUUUGUUCAUUAAACUUGUUAAAAGAAGAGAAAACACUUGAGGUAGAACUUUGUCUUUCUGUUUGUGAAAAUGUUUGUUUUAAAAACUGGAAACUGUAGAGAUGCUGAAGUGGGAAGGAGGCAAAAUAAUACAAUAAUGGUUUGCCAUUGAGUGUGCAACAUCCCGUACUGUUUCUUCAAAAUCCUUAGUUAGCACUCUGGGCUCAUGUAUCUCUCUUAGAUGUUCCCACUUGAACCAUAAAUACUGUAAAAAGUGGAAGCUCUUGUGACUGUUCUACUUUAAAUUUCUUUCUUAAUCAUUUUAUAUAUGUUGCUAACAUUUUGUACAGAUGUGGCUCUCAACUGUGAUAUUAUAACUUACUUUGAUCUAAAGUAUUUAUAAAAUAGAUUUUGUCUAUUCAUAAUAUUUAAAUGUUGUGUAUAUGAUGGUAAAAAGGAAAAUUAUCUGAUAUUGUCAUUGUAAAGAGUGAAGGGUUUUAUAUGAAACACAUCUUCAGUAUAUAGUGAUUUUAAAAAACAAUCAGGGCAAGAUUUUCCUUCUGUGAGGUGUAUGUGUGAAUCCCUUUUUCCCAGCUCAACCAACUUUCAAAGUGAAAAUAAAUCAUGGUUAUGGAUUGGUUAACCAUAAGCUCUUGGACUGUCCUUUCCUCUGGGACCAAUUUCUUUUUAAACUUUCAAGGAACUUUUUAUUUAUUUUUACAUGCAUAACUCCUCUAGUCAAACCACAACACUGCCAAGUGAUUUGCUCCCCAUCCCCAGGGGGUUUUAGCAAAGUCAAUUUAAAGUUGGCUGCUGCUAGUUGUGCAUGGACUUUCAACAAUCAUUAAAGGGGACCAGAAAAAGGCCUCUUUUCCUUAAACAAACACAUACACUUGUUUAUGAAUACAGGAAAUACUGCCCAUGUCAAUAGUGGCUUUUCAGAUUAUUAGUCUUGAAGACAUGUUAGUUUUCUUUCUGUAUUAAAAUUAUUCAUUGUUAAAGAACUAAAAUAGCUUUUAGAUCACUUAAACACAACAAAAACUGUAAUUAAACAAAUGUAAGAAAUAGCUAGUUAUGUGCACUUAGAUCUGAUGGCAGAUCUUAUUAAUUGCUUUUUUUAAGCACAUAUAAUGUAUUUAUUGGGCCUCAGUAGUUUCCCUCUAUUGUACCCAUAUGUUUUCAUUGAUGGGGAUCAUUAUUUUCAGUGUGUAUGAAAGUUAAAGUAAUCUUUCAAAGAUGGAAUACAGUUGAAUUGGUUCUUGUU